UGCGUUUACACACUUUAUUUCCACCGCCUUUUUCUCUCCCCCAAACAUCUUCUCAUUUUCCCUUUAUUUUUCUAUCUUCUCCUCAAAUUCCCCUCUAAAUCUUCUUCUUCUUCUUAUACCUUUCCCUUUCCUUUGUUUUCUGAUCGAACAUGAAGACCGGCAGCCUUUGCGAGCUUUGCAAAGAAGAAGCCUCCGUUUACUGCUCUGCCGACUCUGCUUUUCUUUGUUGGAACUGCGAUUUCAAGGUUCACAGUGCCAACUUCCUUGUGGCUCGUCAUGUUCGUCGACUUCUCUGCAAAAAAUGCGAGGAUUUUUGUUCUUGUGAAAAACCCAACGACCCAAUGCCUUGUUCGACUCCCUCGUUUUCUUCCGCUGAUUGUUUAUCCACCAGUGAAUCUUCUUCCAACGAUUCUAAACCCAAAAGGGCUUGCGUAAAAUCAAGAUCGUACGGUUCGCAGUCGGAGGUUUCGUAUAGAAAUGAUAUGGAGGGCGUUUUGACGGUUUGGUGCAAGAAGUUGGGUUUGAAACAACACUCCGUGGUGUCUACGGCGGCGUCCGCGUUAGGGUUUUGUUUAGAGCGGUUGAAGGGGCUGCCGUUUAAGCUGAGCUUAGCAGCUGCGUUUUGGUUGGGGCUGAGGACAACCCGGGACACGUCGGUGGCGUCGUGGCGGAACCUGAGGAGGGUUGAGGAGCUGUCGGGUGUGCCGGCUAAGGUGAUCGUGGCCGUGGAACCGAGGCUGGCACGUGCGAUGAGGUUGAGGAAGAGAAUCAAACCGGACUUGGAAGAAGGAUGGGCUGAAUGCAAUGUUUGAAUGGCGAAAUGAAGAUGAAUUUGACUUUUCUUCUUCUUCUUUUAAUUUGGACUAGUUUUAGGAAUUUUAAUUAGGUUAAACGUUGUUGUUCUUUUAUUACUCACACCCAUCAGCAUGAUGAAAUCAGUGUUAUAAUUUCAAGAACAUGUAAAUUUUACAA